CCACAAGCAGUACCACCACGAGCAGCAGUAGUACUUCAAGUAGCACUACUACUACCACUACUACGACAACAAGUAGCAGCAGUACUUCAAGUAGUACCACUACAAGCAGCAGCAGUACUUCAAGUAGCAUCACUACCACGACCACCACUACCAGUACCACUACAAGCAGUAGCAGUACUACAAGUAGUAGUACAACGAGCAGCAGCAGUACUUCCAGUAGCACCACUACUACGACUACCACCAGCAGUACCACUACAAGCAGUAGUAGCACUACAAGUAGUAGUACAACGACUAGUAGCAGUACUUCAAGUAGCACUACCACGAGCAGCAGCAGUACCUCAAGUAGCACUACUACCACCAGCAGUGGUACUUCAACGAGCAGUAGCAGUACCACAAGUAGUACGGCUUCCACUACAACUUCUCAAAGACUAA